GGGGGAGAAGGGAUACCCCACUCAUUCUCGUCGUUGACCACACCCCGCAGCGGGGCUCCGUUCUUUGGAAUUGGAUCAGCCCAAUCGCUCUCUAUACCUUCCAAUCCAUUUACACUUAUUUGUUUGAGGUUCACAAGGCCGAUCACCGCUUCAACAAAGCGUUUACGAGGUCAGGUGAAGAGGAAGAAGAAGGAGGAGGUGGUAAUCGAUCCUCAGACUUGCAUUACUUCAAGCUGCAUCGUUAGUCCUUAAAGCAUUUUGCCUAACUUCAUUCAGGAGGCACGGUUGGUUUUGAAUUACCACACUUCAUCUUAUUUACUGGAGAACAAAGUGAAUGGAAGUAGCUUUUAAGUAGAUUUGAAGGUUCUCCAGUCCAUGAACAGGGAAUUCCUGGCUAUUCUCUUGUAAUUGGUGCUUUUGAUAUUCUAAUCUGUGGCUGGUUAGUUAGGAAUUUCCAAAAUUCAGCGACCAGGAUCAGGGGGCGAUUUGCCCCAGGGUGGCGAGUUCAACCCUUAUCCUAUUGCACGGAGGGUAAAUUCCUCUCAUACCGUGGUCAUGGAUGAUGACAUUGAGAGUGCUAGUUUGGGGGUAUACCAAGACAGACCAAGGACUUUCCCCGACAUGCGUAGUAAAGUCAACACCCCAUUGAUAUUUCGAAUUUUGAUGGGGAUAAAUAUUCGUGUUCUCUUAGUACUUCUUCUGUUCGCAUUUGGAUUAAUAUUCUACGUUGGAGCAAGAACUUCCCCUAUUAUUGUGUUUGUCUUCUCGGUUUGCAUUGUCAGCUUCUGCUUUUCAAUAUAUCUCACCAAAUGGGUGCUCUCGAAAGAUGAAGGGCCACCGGAGAUGGCUCAGAUUUCAGAAGCAAUACGUGAUGGGGCAGAAGGUUUCUUUAGGACGCAGUAUAGUACCAUCUCUAAAAUGGCUAUGUUACUUGCAGUAGUGAUUCUUUGCAUAUACUUGUUUCGUAGUACUACUCCUCAACAAGAAUCUUCUGGAUUAGGGAGGUCAACAACUGCCUAUAUUACUGUUGCAGCAUUUCUGUUAGGAGCCUUGUGCUCAGGUAUUGCAGGGUAUGUUGGAAUGUGGGUUUCAGUUCGUGCGAAUGUCAGGGUCUCUAGUGCUGCCAGACGGUCUGCGAGGGAGGCAUUGCAGAUCGCUGUUCGGGCUGGUGGUUUUUCUGCCAUAGUUGUUGUUGGCAUGGCUGUUAUUGGUAUAGCCAUCCUGUAUGCUUCCUUUCAUGUUUGGUUGGAUGUGGGUUCGCCAGGUUCAACCAAGGUUACCGACUUGCCUCUUCUCCUUGUGGGUUAUGGUUUUGGGGCUUCUUUCGUUGCCCUAUUUGCUCAGUUGGGUGGUGGUAUCUAUACUAAAGCUGCUGAUGUUGGAGCAGACCUUGUUGGAAAGGUUGAGCAGGGGAUACCAGAAGAUGAUCCUAGAAAUCCUGCUGUUAUUGCAGAUCUGGUUGGGGACAAUGUGGGUGAUUGUGCCGCCCGAGGUGCAGAUCUUUUUGAAAGCAUUGCUGCUGAAAUCAUUAGUGCCAUGAUACUUGGGGGAACAAUGGCUCAACGCUGUAAAAUUGAAGAUCCAUCUGGUUUCAUUUUAUUUCCGCUGGUAGUACACUCCUUUGAUCUGGUGAUUUCAUCAAUUGGCAUUCUCUCUAUCCGGAGGGGUACUCGUGAAUCUGGUGUGAAGAGUCCGGUAGAGGAUCCAAUGACUAUUCUGCAGAGAGGAUAUUCUGUCACUAUUGUUUUGGCUGUUAUAACAUUUGGCGUGUCUACCCGGUGGUUGCUUCAUACUGAACAAGCACCUUCUGCAUGGUUCAACUUUGCCUUGUGUGGCUUGGUUGGUAUUAUAACGGCUUACAUUUUUGUCUGGAUCACCAAAUACUACACUGACUACAAGCAUGAGCCUGUGCGUUCAUUAGCACUUUCUAGCUCCACAGGCCAUGGGACAAACAUAAUUGCUGGAGUCAGCUUGGGCCUGGAAUCAACAGCACUUCCCGUUCUUGUUAUUAGUGUUUCUAUUGUUUCAGCUUUCUGGUUGGGUCGCACAUCAGGACUUGUGGACGAAGAUGGAAAUCCAACGGGUGGGCUAUUUGGUACUGCUGUAGCAACAAUGGGAAUGCUCAGCACUGCUGCCUAUGUUCUCACAAUGGAUAUGUUUGGGCCAAUAGCUGAUAAUGCUGGUGGAAUUGUUGAAAUGAGUCAGCAGCCAGAAAGCGUUCGGGAGAUUACUGAUCUUCUUGAUGCAGUAGGUAAUACAACUAAAGCUACCACAAAAGGUUUUGCCAUUGGCUCUGCAGCCCUUGCAUCCUUCCUACUUUUUAGUGCUUAUAUGGAUGAGGUAGCUACAUUUGCUCAUGAACCUUUUAAACAGGUAGAUAUUGCAAUUCCAGAAGUUUUCGUUGGUGGUUUGUUGGGUUCCAUGCUUAUUUAUCUCUUUAGUGCUUGGGCCUGCUCUGCUGUUGGCCGAACAGCCCAAGAGGUUGUAAAGGAAGUUAGAAAACAGUUCCUUGAGAGGCCUGGUAUAAUGGACUAUACGGAGAAACCAGAAUAUGGACGUUGCGUUGCUAUUGUAGCAUCAGCAUCUCUAAGGGAAAUGAUUAAACCUGGUGCUUUGGCUAUCAUUUCUCCCAUGGCAGUUGGCUUCCUCUUUAGAAUAUUGGGACACUACACCGGGCAACCGCUUCUAGGGGCCAAGGUCGUUGCUGCGAUGCUGAUGUUCGCAACAGUUUCCGGUAUUCUCAUGGCCCUUUUUCUUAACACAGCAGGGGGUGCCUGGGACAACGCCAAGAAGUAUAUAGAGACUGGGGUUCUUGGAGGCAAAGGUAGCGAUAGUCAUAAAGCAGCCGUAACCGGGGACACCGUUGGUGACCCAUUCAAGGACACAGCAGGGCCUUCCCUUCACGUUCUGAUAAAAAUGCUCGCAACCAUAACGCUGGUGAUGGCCCCGAUCUUUCUCUAAAGAUUGAUUGUGCUUCUGUUUUGUUGGAUUUGACUCUUCUCCUACAAUACAUAUCCUCAAAAUACCCUUUUAGGGCGCUUCCCUUCGUCGCUUCUUGUCUUGUAGUCAAACUUCAUUUUUGUUUCCAUUCUACUAUCCAAAUAAAACUUAUUAGUUUUCUUUUCU